CUUAGUUAUCGGGUUUGACCAUCGCAUGCGUAACAUAAUACCUAAUUAAUGGACCAUCAACUGCAUCAUUCUCUAUGAUUCUAUUUCGGUCCAUUGAUUCCCAUUACAGCCUCACAUCUUCGCAUUUGAACUCUUACUCGCAUCUGGCCAUCAGACAGAAGCCAUCAGCAACGCGCACCAUCCAAUUACCUGCGCACACAGUCACACCUAAUCAUGCCACACGCAUUAUCCACUCAGCAACGGCAUGAGCCCGUCAUUAUUGUCGGGUGUGGCAUCUUUGGACUCAGCACGGCUCUUCAUCUUGCUCGCCGUGGUUACAGCAAUGUCACUGUGUUCGAUCGUCAACCAUGUGAUGAGUUGCGGUACUCUUACCUCAACGGUGCCGAGGGUGCCUCGGCCGAUAUGAACAAGAUUAUCAGGUCAGCCUACGGUGGUCAGUCUGAGUACCAAGCUCUUUCCACUGAGGCCAUUGCUGCAUGGAGGAGCUGGAAUGAAGAACUCGCCACGGCCGCCACCCUCCCUCCAGGCAUGAGCCAGGGUGAUCGCGUCUUCGUACCAAAUGGCAACAUCUCCAUGUCUACGGCCCAAGAGCUGCCGCCGUGGGAGGUGGCGUGCAUCGAGGGGAUGCAAGCUGCUGGGCAUGAGGAUAAGAUGCUCGACACUACAAACCCGAGACAUUGCAAAAUCGCAGAUUCCAUCGGCAUGGCCUUCGCUAUAGAUCCUUUCCAAAGGAAGAGACAGGGCAAACCUAAUGUUGGUGUGCUGGAUGUCACCGGCGGCAUGGCUGUCGCAGAUAAAGCCUGUCGCUUUGCACUUCACAAGGCGAAAGCCCUCGGAGUCGACUUUGUUUUUGGGGCGCCACAAGGGCAAUUCGAGUCACUGUGCUAUGACAGCAAAGAGAAAGAAAAGGUUGUGGGUAUCAGAACAAUGGAUGGCAAGACACACACAGCAGCUAUGACGAUCGUGGCCUGCGGAGGAUGGACACCAGUUCUCCUACCCCAGCUCGAUGGACUCUGCGAAGCAACGGCCGGUAGUGUUGUUCUUCUCAAGAUCCCAAGAAGCUCACCUCUCUGGGACCGCUUGCUGCCAGAGAAUUUCCCAACAUGGACUUGGGAUAUUCGUAAUGGCGCCAAGGGCGGUCUCUAUGGCUUCCCAAUCGACGAAAAUGGCUGGCUCAAGAUCGGGUAUCGCGGGACCAAGUACACCAACCCUCUCAAGCAUGGCGAUGGGAAGGAGAGGAGCACGCCUGCUACUAGAUGGUCUCCUGCUCAUCGCGAUGGCAAAGAACCCGUUGGCGAGAAGCUCACCGACAUCCCAAAGCAAGCCUACCGUGUAAUUACCCAGUUCCUCGACGAAUAUCUUCCCCAGCUAGCCGCUGAAGGGAUUGAGAUCAGCAAAACUCGCAUCUGCUGGUAUACGGAUACCUAUGAUAAUCACUUUGUCAUAGACUAUGUGCCCCAGACGCGGGGUUUAAUGGUCGCAACAGGUGGAAGUGGUCACGCGUUCAAAUACCUCCCCAAUAUUGGCAAUUGGGUCGUCGAUAUCAUGGAGGGGGUCGAUUUAUCUCGCCCAGCUGUUCGGGCGUGGAAAUGGAGGCAGCCUGACAGCGCUAGCCAACCGAUCAAUGAGCUCAUGAGCGGCUCAAGAGGAUCGAGGGCAUGGGGUAACAUCCCUGUUGUCAAGGAAUCACAACUGAAUAGCGGUACCCGAUCAAGGCUUUGAAAAUGUACUUUGUUAGAAUUCAAAAGCAUCGUCAUUUCCAUCAGCGGGUUUAUGUUUCAUGUUGGUGUUCAGGCAUGAAUGAAAUAUUGGUGACCAGUCAACAGUAUCAGCCGCUCAUGUUCGUUUUGGGAGAGUGUCUCUAUCUGAAAAAUAUGACAUCAAACGCUGGAGACGGUUGGAAAGGCUGCCCUUGAAGAAGUUAUUCAUUUAAAGUAGCAAAGUCUGCCGUUUAGGUGCAGAUCACAAUCUAGGCUUAAGG